AAAUCAGUUAAGUUACAAAGAAAAAAAACCUGAGCUGAAGUCUGAUUGACAGUGGAAAGAGCCCAAAGCUGGGGAGCUGGCUCUGCCUAGAGCUGAUAAACAUGCAACAGGGUCUGCUCCUCGCUCUCAUCUUUACCUUGGAUGCUGCUGAGCCCAAGUGUUGCUGUUCAGUGGAUUAACCAGGAUUGGAAUGCUGACCUCUCUAGGAAAGGAUCCACAGCAAGGAAGCGGGCAGUGUGACACACAGCCUGUUUUCUAAUAGCAAGAUUUGUGCCAAUAAAUAAAAUAAAACAGAUCCCUCAGCACCGCCUUGCAGAGACUGCUUUAAUCCCAAGCAUUUACUGAUCCUGAGAUCACCAGAGAUCACAAACGCUGAUCACAAGAGCAAUGUGCGGCUGCAGAGCCAGCAUCCCCAGCACCAAGCAUUACUCUGUCAACCCUGCGCCCACCACGAAGAGCCCUCCAGCUGCAGCAGGCAUGCCCAAGCGCAUACCCAUAACCAAGCAGCUGGCAUCAAUAAAAGCUCUAGAAAAAGGCUCAGACCUUGAAAAAGCUUUUGCUACUGCUGCACUGGUGUAUAACAACUCUGCUGACCCUGAGGGCAAACUCAGCAAAGCUGAAACCAAGAGCCUGCUGCAAACCCAGUUUUCAAGAUUCAUACAGGGCCAGGAAAACAAGCCGAAGUACCAGGAAAUUAUUUCUGCCCUGGAUGAGGAGCCAGAGAAGAAAAUUGAUUUUGAAGAUUUCAUGAUCUCGCUGGUCAGCCUCGCUCUGCUGUCUGACCUGCUGCAGGAGAUCAAAAACGUGAAAUCCACGAAAUGAUGAGUGCUUUGUAAGGAAAGCAGGGGUGAAAUGCGCACAGAGAUAACGCUGAGUGCUGCAUCCCUUCUGCUCUUGCCUUUGAAAUGGAAUAAAGCCUUGCCCAAAGCA